GUCAAUCGUCAAUCCACCGCUGUCAAAUGAGAAAAACCGACAUGUUUCUAUGAAUUCAAAAUCACCCUGGGUGUUCCUUUCCCUUCCCAGGUGGUUUAAUCACAAUGAAAUCCAAAACCUGGCAAACGCCUGUUUACCAAAAUACCACCACGUUCAAAGUGUGACCUUCGGAAAGUGAGACAAAUAGGUUAUGUAGCUUAAAAAAAAUUAAAUGUAUAUCUUUCGUUGGAACCUCAAGAAAAUCUCCUUGUGGGCACUCCUCCUGAGCCAGGUAUGCUUACUACUAAUCUUUUUCUACGUCCAGCUGAUUCCCAGCGAGCAAGAAUCCAAUGGAAGGAUUUCUUUCUUGAGGAGUAGUGAAGACACAGAAGAAGUUCGAAACACAUAUCACACUCUCGAUAGCAAUAUAAUUUUGAAAACCGUAAAGACCAGGCAGAGUUACGUCGACUUUAAUUCAAGCUUGUGUUUUAUCAACGGAACUGAUUUGUCUUCUAUGAAGUAUGCUAAGGGUAUCAACUGGAGAUGUCAGUGCUUGCCUGGCUGGCAUGGAAAUGACUGUGGGCAACCAGAAGUUCUGUGGAGAGCACUGCUGACCAGUAGGAAGCCGUUCAAGAUCAGAGGGCCCAGGACGUUCGAACGGAGGCUGAUUUACAUCUUCAAGGUGGAUAAGUUCUCAGAGUUCGUCACUGAUAUUAGGAUAUAUGAAUUAGGCGCUAUCGUGGACCUGUUCAUCCUCUAUGAGGAUGACACCAGCGACUACUUGCGUCAAAAACUGGACAACAAUUUCUGCAAGGAACACCAAAAUAAGAUCCUCUAUCUGAAAGAUGACGGAGAAACUGUGUGGAAAAAAGUAAGGUGGUACCUGAAAAAUCUACGAAACGAUGACAUUAUUUUGUCAAGCAGUGCCAACGAGAUACCCAACAAGGAUGCCUUGAUUUUUUUAAAGUUCCAUGACCACUGGCCACAGCCAAUCAAGUUUCGCUUCAGGUGGUCAGUUUUCGGUUUCUUUUGGAUCCACCCUUUCAGGACCAUCACCGGAGGUGGUGCUUGCACCAUGUCCUUCCUAAAGGAGUCAUUCAGUAACAAACUGAAACUGCUCACGGACAAUAAGACUUUGUCAAGUCCCCUGUACAAGGGUCUGACUUUGGGCGACCUCAACCACUACGGAGGCUGGUUCUGUGAAUACUGCAAUGACCCAGCACAGGUAGUGGAAUUUAUAGCCAGCAAACCGAAGAACAUCAUCGACUGGGAUAAGAUUGAGCACGGAAAGAUAGACAAGAACUACAUAGAGGAUUUGAUUGAGAAUGGGAUGUAUAUAGAUGGUAAAUCUGAGCUGAAGAAGUCUCGGAGGUACCAGGAUAAUUAUUUUGCACCAAAAUAUGUGAUCGAGCACGACUGGAAGUAUGAUUUUUUGAUGGUCAAUUUUUAUUCAAAGUUGGAUUAUUAUGAAGGAUAGUUUUCGUUUGAAGGUUUCAUUGCUUGUGAUUUAGGUUAUGUUUUUCAGUGAUUUUAGUAGAUAAUUUUCGUUUGUUUUUCACCAAACUUUCGAUGAAAACAAUAGGCUGUGCCAAAACUAUCUUUAACAAAAUAAAAAGUUAUUUUUCAAAUCAUCAGUAAUAACUUCUUUCACAAGUUUGGAGAUAAACAAGAUUUUUUUAUGAGAAAAGUUGGCUUUUCUGUCUUUAUUAUAAUCUUUAUACUAUUAUUGAUGAUUAUUAUUUAU